AAAGGCUCAGGGGAGUGUGGAAGGAGAUGGAGGAGACGAAGAUGGCAUUCGAAUCAAGGAAUAAGGUUACGCCUGCUGAUGAGACGGCAAUUCAUCCUGCAGCGGAAGAGAACAACGUCGCCGGUGAUCAGACCUUCACGGGCGCAGCGGCAUCACCGGCGAAGGGGGGAAGUUUUGGAAGGACUCUGCGGAGGCACCCGCUGGAGCAUUCCUGGACAUUUUGGUUCAACAAUCCCUCUGGCAAGACGAAAGGUGCAGCCUGGGGAAGCUCCAUUAUCCCCGUCCACACAUUGUCAACAGUCGAGGACUUUUGGGGACUUUACAAUAACAUUCAUCAGCCAAGCAGGCUGGCUGUUGGGGCAGACUUCCACUGUUUUAAACGUGGAAUAGAGCCAAAAUGGGAAGAUCCAGUCUGCGAAAAGGGGGGGAAGUGGACAAUCAGCUGCUCGCGGGGAAGCAUUGAUGUGUUGUGGUUAUACACUUUACUUGCGAUGCUUGGCGAGCAGUUUGACAAUGGUGAUGAAAUAUGUGGAGCAGUCGUCAAUGUACGAUUAAAGCAGGAGAGAAUUUCCAUAUGGACAAAAAAUGCAUUUAAAGAAGCUGCACAGGAAUUUAGCAUAUUUGUUGCAGCUUGCAACUUUAUAUUUUUCCUGUGGGGCUGA